CAUGCACUGCUGGCCACUGUUAGCACCUCUGCAACGUGUGAAUUCCUCAGUAUAGGCAUGAAGUUGAGAAAUUGAAACCAACAUCACACAGACAUCAUUAACGUGAAGUGCAGUGUGGCUGCAGAGCCGACCCUGUAGGUAAAGUUUACCACUUUAAGAGCAAUGGAGGAAAUCUAUAUGAAUGUUGCACCGAACAAGUCUGUUGGCUCGAGAGCUUCAACAGAUCCCACAGAGAGGAGACUUUAUGGAGCUGUUGUUCUCUGCCUGGGGCUGCUGAGUGUUGUCCUGCUGGCCGGGCUCAUUGGCCUCGGUGUCCACUACUAUGACUCCUCACGGCGUUCAGCUGCAGAGCUCUCCUCUAUCAAAGCCAACCUGACUGAGCUUCUCCAGGUCAGUUACAACAAGUCGUCUGCCCUGACUGAAGAGAGAGACCAGCUGAAUGUCAGCCUCAUUAAAAUGACCAAAGAGCGGAACACGCUGAAGAGAAGGUGUCCUGCAGGAUGGAUGGUGUUCAGUUGUUCCUGUUAUUUCGUCUCUAUUAAGUCUGGUUCCUGGGAUGAAGCCAGACAGGACUGCAAGGAGAGAGGAGCAGAUCUGGUGGUGAUAGGCAGUGCUAAAGAACAGCUGUUCCUCUCUAACUUCACCGAGAACGGAACUCAUGCCUGGAUUGGUCUGACUGACGAAGCCAAGGAGGGGACCUGGAAAUGGAUUGAUGGGGCUCCACUGUCUCUGAAGUACUGGCAAAAAAACCAGCCUGAUAAUGGAGGUGGAUAUGCCAGUCUUGGGGAAGAGGACUGUGCCCAUGUCAUAAUAUCUGGAGAGAAUAAUCGAGAGAACUGGAAUGAUUUGUCUUGUUUCACCAGUCAGAGAUGGAUCUGUGAGAAAAUGUUUGAGAUUAAAGGUUUGUAAAUUUUGUAUUCUGGAUUGUAGACAUCAGAAAUGUCCUUUAACUACAAACCAUGAAUCAGUCAAUAAUAAAUAUAACCAAAUAUAAUUAUACUAUCAAACCGUCUUUCUU